AUGUACUUAGCUGAAAAGGGUUUUCCACAAGAUAGAGAAGAUAUUAAACUGAUGGGUAAAUCUUACACAUUUACUGGCAAAAAAACUCCAUUCAAAGAUGACAAUCCAGGGAGAGACUGGUGCAUGUCUUUUGAAAAAACAUGGAAUGUAGUUCUGGAAAAAAGAAAACCUGAACUUUUGACCAAAGCAAGAGCUAAUGAUCUUUCUCUGAAAACAUUGACAGAUUUUUUGAAUGAAACAGGUUUACGUACAGAUCCUACAGCAGGAAAAAUCUUUGUUCGUAAAACAUCAAAAACAGCCUAUUAUGUUGCUUCAUCAUGUGGUAAAUCAAUGUAUACUGUACUGUUUUGUGGGUCAGCAAAUGGCCAGUGUUUACCUUCUUUUGUCGUCUACAAAGCCAUCCACCUUUAUGAUGCAUGGUGUCAAAAUGGACCAGAAAAUGCAAUUUGGAUUGAUAAGUUUAUUAUACAUGUAAAAGAAUAUGAAAAGCCUGUGUUGCUGCUGCGUGACGGAUCCGACAGCCAUUUAACAUAUUCUACUGUUAAAAAAGCUCUCGACAAUCAUAUAAUUUUACUUUGCUUACCUCCAAACACAACUCACGCAUUACAACCUCUUGAUGUUGGUUUUUUUGCUCCAUUGAGAGAAAAUCCUUAA